AUGGGUAGAAAGAACCACAGCCACAGGUGCAGAGCUAGCAACAACAUGAAUGUCACAACUAGAAAACAUUAUAUUAUGAUGCUGCUGAUCAUAAUAAUAAGCUUCUGCAACCACACAGUCCUUUCAGACAAGGUUCAAGGAAGCAUCAAGAAUAGACUGGGAAACGGGAAGAGCAUGAGAGUCCACUGUCAAUCGAAAGACAAUGAUCUUGGCAACCAGACUGUCGCCGAGGGGAGUGAAUUUGGGUGGGAUUUCUCUCCUAAUAUAUGGGGAACCACCCUUUUCUACUGCGACAUGCAAUGGGAAAGAGUACAAGAAUACCCUUUUGAUGCCUACUCUUUUGCAAGGGACCAUGUUCGAUGUAAGACUCAGUGUUCAUGGUUGAUGGCAGUGGAAGGAGUUUAUGGUUUCAAUGGAGAGACUGGGUUGUGGGAGUUUAUGUAUCAUUGGCCAAAUUGA